GGCCGGGGGCCAUGUCCCUCAUCCCCUGGCUGCGGUGGCCCGAGGCCUCGCCCCGGCUGUCCUCCCGGAGCCCGGCCGAGAUGGUGCUGGAGACGCUGAUGAUGGAGCUGGCGGGGCAGAUGCGAGAGGCCGAGAGGCAGCAGCGGGAGCGCAGCAGCGCGGGCCGGAAGGUGUGCACCGGCGUGGACUACAGCUGGCUGGCCCGCGCGCCGCGGCCCGCCUACGACCUCAGCCCCGGGGAGCGGCUGCAGCUGGAGGACGUCUGUGCCAAGAUCCACCCGUCCUACUGUGGGCCUGCCAUCCUCAGGUUCCGGCAGCUGGUGGCAGAGCACGAGCCCGAGGUGCAGGAGGUGUCCCGGCUCUUCCGCUCGGUGCUGCAGGAAGUCCUGGAGAGGAUGAAGCAGGAGGAGGAGGCCCACAAGCUGACGCGGCAGUGGAGUCUGCGGCCCCGCGGCAGCCUGGCCACCUUCAAGACCCGCGCGCGCAUCUCCCCGUUCGCGAGCGACAUCCGGACCAUCUCCGAGGACGUGGAGCGGGACACGCACCCGCCGCCCCGGACCUGGAGCAUGCCCGAGUUCCGGGCGCCCAAAACCGACUGACCCCCACCACUGCCCUGCUCAGGAGCUGAGCCACCUGCAGGAGGGCAUGAUGGGCUGGUGACCUGGUCGCUGGGUCCUGGAACCUCCCCACCCACCCGUGAUGAGAACAAAGAGGCGACCGCAUCCCAAGAUACUGCUGUACCAUGGAGCAACCUCUCCCCGCCCCACCCUCUUCCUCUGGCCAUAAAGCCGAGCUGG